UCAGAAAACAAAAGUUGUAAAAUUAAAGUCCUGCUGGGGAAAGAGCAAUCAGUUAAUGACCUAAUUGCCCCAAGGGGCAAUCUCUUCCUGUACGUGUCUUCUUUUCUAGAAUUUCUCUUCUUCUAUGUAUUUUCCACCUAGAAUCAUCUUCAAACCCAGAUCCAUCUAUUUGCGAACAUAGGUAUCCAGAGAGCAUGUAUUUCUCUGAUUCAGAUAAUAUGCGCUUCCCUAAGCCUACCUAGCCUCCCACUUUAAGAAUGACAACGCAUACUUUUUAGAUUGUUUCUCGCGAUUUCCUCGUCCGACUGACCUUCAGUCUUAGCCGUUUAUACCCUUAAUUAGACCUCUAUUGUCUUGCCAGUUCUUUCACAUUGGGUAGAUGAAUCUACCACACGAGGCUUCAUCGCUGAUCCUAACAUCCAAUAGGCUUGCACUAGACUAGAGCGAUUAACUCAUCUUCCGCGCCUUAGUUCCUCUUCUCAGUCCCCGCCAAUGGUGCUCGCACGCGGUUUGUUUCGCUGGUCGUUUGUGAUUUCUUGGAUAUUGGGUAGUUCUUGUGGACCCAGACGGGAUCUUGCUGCCACUUUGGCGCGGGGCUCGAAUACAGUGCAGAGAUCUCACCAGCAUCAACUCUUACUGUCUAGUUGGCUUAAACUUUAUAGGUUGCAAAAAUUCGCGCAUCGUCACGAACCAACCAUGAUUUCGGGCAAUCGAAAGUGGUCUGGCGCUGCCGUAAGCAGUAUGGGGCUUGUGGUUUAGUGGUAUAAUACUCCCUUAGCACUUGUUAGAAUGCAACCCUGCCUGGGAGUGGUCCGGGGUUCGAUUCCCCGCGAGUCCAUCGCUGGAGGUUAAAAUCCUCCUGUACCAUGACUUUUUGUCGGUUUUAUUGAAUUUUCG